AAAAAAAAAAAAACAAAAAAAAAAACCUAAACAAUAGUCUCGGUUUACACGAGGUGAGACUUCAGGGAAGCAAAACCUAGCAUACAUGAAAUAAUAAUACAGCGUGGAAGGUGAUACAAGUGGACUCCCUCAUAAACACAAAUUUGUUUUGAGUUAAUUUGGAAUGUAGGAUGUAUUUUCUACCAUGGUGACAAUAUUGACUGACAUUUGAAUUCAUAAAAGUUAUAUUUAAUUUUGUGUCUGAUUCCAUAAACUGUACUUACUCUCUACAGCCUUGUUUCCACAGGAUAUGCACUCUGAUGACAGAAUUACAAGAAUACAUCUUUUUCUUCUUUCUCCUCUUGGCAGUGUCAAUAGGAGCAGGUGCUGCAGUGAUUUGGAGCAAGACAGAUAUUUUAGAGCCUUAGAGACAUUGUGCUGGAAGAAUCUAAGAGGCUUCUAGUCCUACUUCCCAUCUGACAUUCAGUUUAUCCUAAAUCAUUCCUGCUGAGUGGAUUGUUCAGCCUGUGCUUUUUCAUCUCCAGCGAUGGGAAGCACUUCCACUGAACGCCUCAUUCCACAUUUAAAUAGGUCUCAUUAAAAGUUCCUAUUUUAAGUUGAAGUUAAUCUUCCUCUAUUUUUAACCAUUCAUUAGUUCAUUUUUCUUCACUUUUACAUGGAUAAUCUCUCCCUUUCAACAGUCCUUCCCCUCACUCCCUCUCCACCAUUUAUUUUUUUCCUAGUCCCCAGUUUCUUCAGCUAGUUCUCAUAAUUUCAGGUUCCCUCAUUGUUUUGAUUACUCUUUUGUGAACAUAUAACAUUUUUGCUAAUCAGUAACUAUGCUAUCAGAAAAGGUACUCAGGAGAAUGUAACCAUUUGCCUCACUGCCUACUUCCCUCCCACCGUUUUUCACUCCUGUGUGCUCUCCCCUAGAAUACUGAGUUCCCAAAGCCCUCUUUGGAAAGUGCGGGUCACAGAUGCUUCUGUGGUCUUGUUUUUCCCCAGGAGCGUCCUCAAAGUGUGACUCGAUAAACCUCUACUGAUUGAGACACUUCCCUCAGUCACUCAGUUUUUUGUUAACACUGGUAAGCUUUGGAAGCUGGAAGAUCAUUAGCUCUUUAUUGAAUAUGUAUUAUUCAGUAAGUGUUGGGUAUCUAAGAAGCUCUGAAAAUAUAAGACCUACAUCUAAGAAUUUAUUGAAUUGGGAGACAGGUUAUGUCUAUAUAAGAUAAUAAAAAUAAUAUUUGUUAAGUUGCAGUUGAGUAGCUCAGUUAAUAAGUGGUUUGGAGGAGGAAGUGAUCCCUGUUGUAGGCUGUACUCUAGUAUUCAUGUAGUGUAGUAACUAAUUUGAAGAGGAUACUCAUGUUUGAUGAUAGCUGUCUUUUGAGGAAUACAGAUGCUUCUUGACUUAUGAUGGGGUUACACCACGAUAAACCCAUUUUAACUUGAAAAUAUUGUAAGUCAGAAUGCAUUUAAUAUCCUGAUAAGCACAUCCUAAAGUCAAAAAAUUGUAAGUUCAGCCAUUUGUAAGUCAGGGGUCAUUUGUAUAGGUAAGAAGUUUACUUCUUGAGAGAGCAAGGAAGAAGGAGGUUGCAGAGAGGGUUGGGGAUUUUGAAUGUGUAGAGAAAAUUUGUAACUGAGUUAUCACACUAGUUGUUUUAGGAAUGGCAAGUAGUGAAGUUGAUUGAGCGAAUAACAGUAGAUAGGACAUUAUUAGUAUAGAUUAUGUCCAAGUACUCCAUCUAUGUUUAUGUCAGGUAAGUGAUGCAAUUCUUACUUUACCAGUGAGGAAAUGGGCUUUGAGUAAUGAAGUCAGGUACCCAAGGCUUAAUGGCUUUGAUCCUAGAUCUAUUUGAUUUCCUAAGCUCACUCUCAACUAGGGUAAGCCUUGGUGGGUGGAUAUGACAGAGUAACGGGGCUGACAGGAUCUAGGGUAUUUUGUAAGAACAGAGCUGAAGUGACUGAGUGAUAAAUUAAAACUAGAUUGGAUGAGGAGGGCAGCCAAGUGUUACCAGGGCUAAAGAAGCCAGUGAAAUAGUCAGGUUGGUACUUUUUUUUUCUUUUUUAACUAUUAUCUUACUUUCCUAAACAUUGUUUGGAUUACUAUACUUUCUUUUCUUACCAGUAAGACUUUUUACUGUUGAACUUAUACUUCUAUUUAGGUAGAUCACUAAUGAGUGUUUUGGUUAGGGAAACUUUUCAUUCCUUGUUCAUCCCUACCUGCCUCACCUAAACAUUGUUUACUUCCUAGUUCUGAAGUAGCAUGUUUUUUUCACUUUAUUCAACUUUUCAAAACCACCUCCAUUCUCUCCAAGGACCAUUCUAGAUUAUUUUUUGUUUGACAGAAGCUACUUCAGGGAUGCUAUCAAAAUAUUCUUAGAACUUGUAGAUGUGUAGUUAGUUGUGUUACUAUUUUUAAUGACUAUUUACAUGCAUUAUUAACAUUAAAAAUUUUUCUGUUUUCAUUAGAUUACGAACUAAUAUAAUUGUAUUAUAUUAUACUCCUUGUGUUCCUUAGAACAAAGUUCUAUUCUAAUAUAAUUAGGCUGCAAAUUGGGUGUAAAUAAGUACCCUUAGUUGUCUGUAGAUGUCCUUGAUUCAAAGCAAAAAUGGCACAGAAAUAGUAGAUACUCUUUUUUGGCUCCAUUUUUUAUAUUGACAUCAGUGUAUUUUGGGUUUCUGAAAUGAUUUUUCAAAAUCCUUCUGAUCUCUUAUAGAAGUUUCCUUUUAUCAUCUGAGACCCUAGGAAUAUAGUUUAGACAAAUUUAGAAAUUUGGAGAUUAAGAUUAGUGUCUCUCUGGGAAAGAAUACAAAUACUAAAAAUCGUACAUAAUUAUUUCUCAUGUUUUAAAUUAUGAAUUAUGAAAAUUGAAUCUGAUGCUUUAAAAAGUUUAGAAGGUUUUGGGUUGUGGGUGUCAUCCUUUUUAUAUGACUGUCUCAUACUUGUUUUUAUUUAAUUUAGAUGGAAAAUGGCUAAGGAACAAUCUGAAAUUCAAUUCGGGAAGAAUAUAGAGGUAGUAAUAAUAGGUGAAAGUCUGCAGGGUUUUUUUUAACCAAAGGAAACUGGUUUGAGAAAAUUGUGAAAUCAGCAUUGAAAUUUGUUACCUACUCCAAUCAAGAUUUGCAAACUACAAAAAAAGUUCUGAAGGUUUCACCUGUAAAUAUAUACCAAGAUAAUUUCAGAUAAGGUAGUAGUUUCUAAAUCAAGAACAUAUGAAAUAUGGUGCUUUAAAUUAUAUAAUUAUUGUAACUCGGCAAAAAAGUUACUUAUCUGCCUAUUUAGGAAAUCUGGUUCUAGCUGUAGAUAAAUUGAUUUUAUGGUAUCUUAAUUUUUCUAUUAUUUUGAAUCCUAACAUUUUUUAAGUCAAAAAGAUUAAAAAAUAUAUAUCUAACUUCUCAAACUUCUUUGGUCUCAUACUUCUGUGUUAGCUUCUUCUUUGGAUAUAAAGGACUGUCAGUUUACCAUGUCAGUGAUUCAUCUUUUUGGUACAUUUUACUCCCUUGAGCAGCUGAAACCUAUAAAUACUUAAUAUUUACCCCAGCUUUGUUUUACCUUUCUAUGAGAUUAGAGGAACUGACAGAAAAUACAAAUGUUUCUUUUUUUCAACAUUGAAUUAUGAUUGAAUUAGACUUGUUUACAGGUAAGCCAGAAUAAGUUGUGAAAUCUUAAAAUAUGCUAAUUUAUUUAAAAUUAAUAUAUCUUAAGAUUAAAUGAAGAAAUUAUCUACUAAUUAAAAUAUCUUCUUAUGACUGAAAUUAAUGUACAACUCUUUUGCAUUAUCCAUUGCUUCCAUUCAAGUUUAAACAUUGUUUUUCUUUAGAGAAAGUAUGGGUAAUAAUCUUACAGUAAUCCUUAUUAUGAAGAAAGUUAAUAUCCUGAUUUAUGUUUCACAGAAACUAGCAUUAAAACAAUGCUUUCUUAAACUUUCGUAUCACAGUCACUGAAAUUAUUUGUGUUGGUGUUUGAUCUGUGACUUGGGCUUAUUCUACUGGAUCUUACUUUGUAUAGAGUGGGAGAGUUGGAUUGAGAUUGGUAUGUAUUUUGAGUUCUGAUCAACAAGAUCAUUUGUAUUUUAGCCAAAAUAUAUGGAGAAUGGAUAUAAAUAAAAUAUAACUCAAUUUCAACACUUAUUAAUUGAUCAUCUGUAAUUUGUAAGAUACUAGGUUCUAUGGAUGCGGCAGUGAAAAAAAAAAUUCUUGCCUGCAUAGAACUUACAUUCUUGUGGGGGUUGGGACCCAGAAAAUAAAUAGGAUAAAUAAGUAGAAUAUAUAGUAUAUUAAAUGUGACAGAUGCUUUCAAGAAAAAUAAAGCAAUGAAAGGGGUUCAGGAAAUACUGGGUUGUUGAGAGUAGGGGGAUGGCAAGAUUAAAAUGUUAAAAUAGCAUGUAGGGGGAGGGUUUCAUUGAGGAAAUGACAUUUGAGUACAAAUCUGAAGAGGUUAAGGAAUAAACUGUGUAUAUGCUAGAGGGAAGACUGUUCCAGAUAGAAGGAGUCUUUUCUCUUUCCAGGUUCCCUUUCCAGAUGACUAAGUUUGUUGGAACCUUUACUGGUGGGUAGGUAUUACUGUAAAUUCACUCAGGCUUUCUGCCUUGACAGAAUGUCCAGCAAGGAAGUGAAGACUGCUCUAAAAAGUGCUAGAGAUGCAAUCAGAAACAAAGAAUACAAAGAAGCUUUGAAACACUGUAAGACAGUGUUAAAACAAGAGAAAAAUAACUAUAAUGCCUGGGUUUUUAUUGGUGUUGCUGCAGCUGAACUAGAACAACCUGAUCAGGCCCAGAGUGCCUAUAAGAAAGCUGCUGAAUUAGAGCCAGACCAAUUAUUAGCUUGGCAGGGGUUAGCAAACUUGUAUGAGAAAUAUAAUCACAUAAAUGCUAAGGAUGACUUACCUGGUGUUUACCAAAAGCUCCUGGAUCUUUAUGAAAGUGUUGACAAACAGAAGUGGUGUGAUGUCUGCAAGAAACUUGUGGAUCUAUAUUACCAAGAAAAGAAACACCUAGAGGUGGCUCGAACAUGGCACAAGUUGAUAAAAACACGGCAGGAAGAAGGUGCAGACAACCAAGAGCUUCAUCAACUAUGGAGAAAAUUGACUCAGUUCCUGGCUGAAAGUACGGAGGACCAGAAUAAUGAAACUCAGCAAAUGCUUUUAACUGCUUUUGAGAAUGCACUGGGAUUAUCAGAUAAGAUUCCUAGUGAAGAUCACCAAGUGCUUUAUAGGCAUUUCAUUCAGAGUUUAUCCAAAUUGCCUCAUGAGACUGCUAGAUUGAAGAAGGCCUGUGAAGGAAUGAUAAACAUCUAUCCUACUGUACAGUAUCCCUUAGAAGUGCUUUGCUUGCAUUUAAUUGAAUCAGGAAAUCUUACUGAUGAGGGACAGCAGUAUUGUUGUAGAUUAGUGGAAAUGGAUUCAAAAAGUGGUCCAGGCCUCAUUGGCUUAGGCAUUAAAGCAUUGCAAAACAAAAAGUAUGAAGAUGCUGUUAGGAACCUAACAGAAGGGUUAAAGGAAAGCCCUGUCUGCACAAGUGGAUGGUAUCAUCUGGCAGAAGCCCAAGUCAAAAUGCAUAGACCUAAAGAAGCUAUUCUUUCAUGCAGUCAAGCUCUGAAGAUCAUAGAUAAUCUUGGUGCGUCUGGUGACCGUCUUUAUCAGAGGAAUCUUUGUCUUCGUUUGAAAGCAGAGGCUUUGAUUAAACUCUCAGAUUAUGACUCUUCAGAGGAAGCAAUUCGUACUCUUGAUCAGAUUUCUGAUGCAGAUAAUAUCCCAGGACUUUUGGUUCUCAAAAGCUUGGCCUAUCGGAACAAAGGUUCAUUAGAUGAAGCUACAAAGAUUAUGGAAGACCUUCUCUCUUCUUACCCUGACCUAGCUGAAGUUCAUGCCCUUGAGGCUUUGAUUCAUUUCACCAAAAAGGACUAUCUACAAGCAGAAAAAUGUUUUCAGACAGCUCUUGAGAAAGAUACUGAAGUUGCAGAAUAUCAUUACCAACUUGGAUUAACAUACUGGUUCAUGGGUGAAGAGACAAGAAAAGAUAAAACAAAGGCUCUUACCCACUUUCUGAAGGCUGCAAGACUGGAUACAUAUAUGGGCAAAGUUUUCUGCUAUUUAGGUCAUUAUUAUAGAGAUGUGGUGGGAGAUAAAAACAGAGCUCGUGGAUGUUAUAGGAAAGCCUUUGAAUUAGAUGACACUGAUGCUGAAUCUGGAGUUGCAGCGGUUGACUUAAGUGUGGAGCUUGAAGAUAUGGAAACUGCUUUAGCUAUCCUAACAACAGUAACUCAAAAGGCAAGUGCUGGAACGGCAAAAUGGGCCUGGCUUAGGCGAGGACUAUACUAUUUGAAAGCUGGUCAGCAUUCUCAAGCAGUGGCUGAUUUACAGGCAGCAUUAAGAGCAGACCCAAAGGACUUUAAUUGUUGGGAAUCAUUAGGAGAGGCAUACUUAAGCAGAGGAGGCUACACAACAGCUUUGAAGUCCUUCACAAAAGCCAGUGAGCUGAACCCAGAAUCCACAUACAGUGUGUUUAAGGUUGCAGCAAUACAGCAGAUCCUAGGCAAAUAUAAGGAGGCUGUAGCUCAAUACCAGAUGAUCAUUAAAAAGACAGAAGAUUAUGUGCCUGCUUUAAAAGGUUUGGGUGAAUGCCAUCUUAUGAUGGCAAAAGAAGCUCUAGUUGAUUAUCUUGAUGGAAAAGCUGUAGACUACAUAGAAAAAGCACUGGAAUAUUUUACUUGUGCUCUACAGCAUCGAGCUGAUGUGUCCUGCCUCUGGAAGCUAGCUGGGGAUGCUUGUACCUGUCUGUACGCUGUCUCAUCAUCUAAAGUGAAUGUUCAUGUUUUAGGAAUCCUUCUAGGUCAGAAAGAAGGAAAACAAGUAUUAAAGAAAAAUGAACUCCUCCACCUUGGAGGAAGGUGUUACGGUCGUGCAUUAAAACUGAUGUCUACGUCUCAUACAUGGUGUGAUCUUGGAAUUAAUUAUUAUCACCAAGCAAAACAUCUAGCAGAAACAGGCAGCAACAUGAAUGAUCUUAAGGAGUUGCUGGAGAAAUCUUUACAUUGUCUGAAAAAAGCAGUGAGACUCGACAGUAAUAAUCACUUAUACUGGAAUGCUCUUGGUGUGGUUGCAUGUUACAGUGGUAUUGGAAAUUAUGCCCUUGCUCAGCACUGUUUCAUCAAAUCAAUCCAGUCAGAACAAAUUAAUGCUGUUGCAUGGACCAACUUGGGAGUGUUAUACCUCACAAAUGAAAAUAUUGAGCAAGCUCAUGAAGCUUUCAAAAUGGCCCAGUCCCUUGAUCCAUCUUAUUUAAUGUGCUGGAUUGGACAAGCUCUUAUUGCUGAGGCAGUUGGAAGUUACGACACUAUGGAUCUCUUCAGGCACACUACAGAACUAAAUAUGCAUACUGAAGGAGCUUUAGGUUAUGCAUAUUGGGUCUGCACAACAUUACAAGAUAAAAGCAACAGAGAAACAGAGCUGUACCAGUACAACAUCCUCCAGAUGAAUGCUAUUCCAGCAGCACAAGUUGUUUUGAAUAAAUACGUAGAAAGAAUUCAGAAUUAUGCUCCAGCUUUCACAAUGUUGGGUUACUUAAACGAACAUCUGCAACUCAAAAAGGAAGCAGCAAAUGCAUACCAAAGGGCAAUUUUGUUGUUACAGAGUGCAGAAGACCAAGAUACUUAUAAUGUUGCGAUAAGAAAUUACGGCAGAUUGUUAUGUUCCAUUGGCGAAUAUGAUAAAGCUAUCCAGGCUUUUAAGUCAACACCCCUUGAAGAGUUAGAAGACAUCAUAGGUUUUGCUUUGGCUUUAUUCAUGAAGGGGCUUUAUAAAGAGAGCAGCAAAGCCUAUGAGAGAGCCUUGUCUAUUGUUGAAUCAGAGCAAGACAAAGCGCAUAUCUUGACAGCUCUGGCAAUAACUGAAUAUAAACAAGGAAAAAUGGAUGUAGCCAAGACAUUGCUAUUUAAAUGCUCUAUCUUAAAGGAACCAACCACAGAAAGCCUUCAAGCCCUGUGUGCUCUAGGGUUGGCAAUGCAGGAUGCUACACUGUCAAAAGCAGCACUUAAUGAGUUACUGAAGCACACCAAACACAAAGACAGUAAUUAUCAGAGGUGCCUUCUUACAUCAGCGAUUUAUGCACUCCAAGGUCGCAGUGUGGCAGUGCAAAAACAAGUAUCUAAAGCUGUUCACAGCAACCCUGGUGACCCUGCUCUUUGGUCUCUGUUGUCUCGAGUUGUUGCACAGUAUGCUCAACGAAAUGCAAAGGGAGGUGUGGUAGCAGGAAAUGUGGCUCAUAUCCUGGACUCAAAUCACGGAAAGAAGGCGUUACUGUACACUGCAGUAAAUCAGUUGGCUAUGGGAAGCAGUUCAGGAGAAGAUGAAAAAAAUAUUGCACUAAAGACCAUUCAGAAGGCAGCUCUCCUUUCUCCAGGUGAUCCUGCUGUCUGGGCUGGGCUAAUGGCAGCCUGUCAUGCUGAUGAUAAACUGGCCUUAGUGAACAAGACUCAGCCAAAGAGGAUAGAUUUAUACUUGGCACUGUUAUCUGCUAUUUCUGCUUCAAUUAAAGACAAAAAAUUCUUUGAAAAUUACAACCAGUCUCUUGAAAAGUGGUCUCUGUCACAAGCUGUCACUGGUCUAAUAGACACAGGAAGAAUAUCUGAAGCUGAAACUCUCUGCACAAAGAAUUUAAAAAGUAACCCUGAUCAGCCAGCCGUUAUCUUACUUUUGAGACAAGUUCAGUGUAAACCACUCCUGGAGUCACAAAAGCCACUCCCAGAUGCUGUACUUGAAGAAUUACAAAAAACAGUCAUGUCCAACUCAACCUCUGUUCCAGCUUGGCAGUGGCUGGCACAUGUGUAUCAGUCCCAAGGAAUGAUGAGAGCUGCAGAGAUGUGUUACAGAAAGAGUCUACAAGUGGCAUCUCAACAGGGCAGUUGGAGUGGGAAGCUCUCAAGUCUGUUGAGACUAGCACUGCUUGCAUUAAAAGUCUGUAUGGCUAACAUUUCCAAUGAUCACUGGCCAUCUUUGGUUCAAGAGGCUACAACUGAGGCCUUAAAACUUUGCUUUUGUCCACUGGCUGUUCUUUUACAAGCUUUAUUACAAUUCAAACGUAAAAUGGGGGCAAGAGAGACACGGCGUCUUUUGGAAAGAGUGGUAUAUCAGCCUGGGUAUCCCAAAUCUAUUGCAUCAACUGCACGUUGGUACCUGCUGAGACACUUAUAUGCCAAAGAUGACUAUGAGCUUAUUGACGUGCUGGUAAAUAAUGCCAAAACUCAUGGAGAUACAAGAGCAUUGGAACUGAAUCAGAGAUUGUCCUCACAAUAACAUUGGAUUAUUUUAGUAAGGAAGCAAAGAAAAAGCUGUAAGAAUGAAGCAAUGAAUCAAGACUUCUUCCCAAAGCAACGUUUUUUAAACUAUAUUUAUUCCUUUUCUAAAGGAAUCUAAAGAAGUUGAAGUUUUUAAGUUAGGAAUGCAAUUUUCCGUUAACUCCAAACCUGAUUUUAAUCUGAAAAAAAAAAAAAAAAAAAAAAAUUUGGGAAAACCAGAAUGAAAGGAAAACCAUUAUUGCCUUGGUUGCUUAACAUUAUUUGUAAACCAUUAUUUUCUGCAUCUUGCAUGGUGCACAAUAGAAUAUCUUUUACUGUAAUCCCUUACAAUAAAGCCUUAAUAGCCAUUUUCUAUGUAAUAUGCAAAAGUAGAUUAGCACAAUGCACAAUUUUCUUUUGUUAAAAAUCAAAUUCAAAGAUUUAAUUCCUCCUAUGAAUUCUAAAGUUCGGCAAACCAACUCAUCAUAAAAUCCAGAUAAUCUUGUAACCUAUUUAUCUAGUGAUUCAUCUCAAAUUCUGUUGAAAAAGCAUAAUAUAAAUGUUGAUGAGUCUAGACUCUAAUGGAUAUGUUUAUAUAAUUCCAAACACUGAAGUGUGUGAAUGCAUUUAAAAACAUUAAUGGAAAAUAAUGCUGAUAAUUAAUUGAUCAUGCAAUUCCUUCAAUUAUGAUGGAAAGACUUGAACUUUCUGAAAUAAAACAAAAAUACAG